AUGUCGGGCUCAGAUUCGUCUUCCCUGUCGUCUCCUCCGUCCACAGAUGAUGAGACCAUCGCUGCGUCUGUCCACCGCAGCAUUGGCUUGGAAAAGUACUUCAAACCCAAGACGCCCGCCAAAGCCGCCUCUCCUCCGCCGCCAAAGCGUGCCCCUUCGCCGCCACAUGAAUAUGUGCUCGCAGACAAUCCAGACAUUGCGUUCAUUGUGAUGUUCCGCUCCAGAUUCUCCGAUGUCUUUCCCAAAUCACUCCCACACUAUGGCCCGCAGGACAUUGAGAGAGGAGUCACAGAUAGUAUUCCCGGAGAUCAUAUCGAGAGAUUAUUGUGCGCUCUAAUUGGCCUGUGCCUUAACAGGAAGAGAGAUGUUGAAAGGGGCCAUUACCAACGCGCUCUUGAGGAUGUUGUCCAGACUCACUCGUCGCAAUGGCCGCGAUCAUGGGGCGGGAAAAAUCCACUUCAAGGUGGGGGAAGUUUUUCAACUAUGACUCCUGAUGAGCGACUUGCGUUCCUCAAAGCGUUGAUACUUUGGGCACUUUCAUCCUCCGACGCCGUCCAAGCAAAACUGAAAGAAUCCUACAAGCAAACGCGACAUGAUGACGAUCUCAAUCAGCCAUUAUCCGUCCAACCAUGGGGGAAUGACGCCUAUAAACGCCGGUAUUGGCUCAUUGAAGGAAGGGAUGACACCCAUUUCAGACUUUAUCGGGAAAAUAACCCCGCGUUGAAGAAUAGGACAUGGUGGAGCGUUGCAGGAACUAUUCCGGAACUGAAAGCUGUUGCGGAUUCUCUUGCUGAGGAAAAAUCACAGCACUCUAAACGGCUGAGCGAGAAGAUCUAUACUAGCAUUCCGAGAUUUGAAGGCUCUGAGGAGAAACGAAAACGUCGGGACUAUCGCCUUGCACGAAAAGCCGCCUUCGCUCGCCCGGAGCCGGGCUACUCUCUCUACGAAGGCCGAACUCGCGGCAAGAAACUGAAAUACACAUAUUCGGACGAGGAUGACGACUUCUCAUCUGACACGGGCCCUACCCGGAAAUCAGCUCGCCAGUCCCGCUUCUCCACCCCGAAUGAACUACCCGCCGGCCCUACCUUUACCGCCAGCGGCCGACAGGUCAAAGCGCGGGUUGGCGGACCUUAUGGCGAGUCAAUGCUGAGCGGUCAACGGAAGGAUAGACCGCAGUUGCCUUCCUGGUCUGUCGGAGCUGGCGACGAAGAAGUGGAUGGUGACGUGGAACAGCCUGUUUCCAAUGGGGGGAGGCCGCGACGGGGUACGAUGGUUCGGCUAUCGAAUGGCGCGGGGAGCCAUAUUGAAGGAUAUAAUGCGGUUGAUGAAAUUGACGAGGAAUCGGAAGCUUCGCCGUCGAGUGGGAAUGAAUGGGAUGGCGAUGAGGAUAAUGAUUAUGGAGACGGGGAUGAGGAGAUGACUGAUGCCGACUCUUCUAGCCAUGACAGCGAUGAUGAGACUAGCUAUGAUGCCAGCCACCGGAGCUUAGUGGUCCAGCUGCGAUAUGGGAAGGCGAGACAGGGGUUAGAAAACAGCAGCCCCGGCCCUGCUUCCGAGACACCUACCUCCGCCGUAGGAAAAGUUUCAAGUACAAGCAUACAUGUACCGUCUGGGGGAAGCGAAGAAAGACAUGAACAACCGUUCGCUGUGGUUGUGCCUGUGCCGCAUGAAGCCACUGCACCAGCACCAGCACCAGCACCAGCGCCAGCGCCAGCCGUCAAAUUGUACAAACCGCCUAUCAUCUCUCCUGGGUCUACAGCUCCUCCCACCACAACCCCGCCGCCAUCCGCGACCGGCUCAAACUAUGAUCCUCAAACAACCAAUGUAGAGCAUCAGACAAAAUGGCGUUCUUCCCGGGAAUCCGUAAUGUGUGGCAUAUCUCUCGAUAUCGUCAGCAGUGUUUUUCUCGCCCUACUACAACUUCAGACAGGCACCUACACUCCAAAUAUUUCAAAUAUCUUCUUUUCUUUUCGGCGUCACUCUACUAUUACACUCGGGGACUACUAA